CCACCGCCACCUCGGCAGCCGAGAGCCGCCAUCGCCUUGGGCCUCCACCCGUCACCACUAUGGCCGAGGAAGAGUCUGCCUCCACGUCUUACACUGAAGAUGAUUUCUACUGUCCGAUAUGCCAAGAAGUGUUCAAAACGCCAGUUCGGGUCACGGCCUGUCAGCAUGUUUUCUGCAGAAAAUGUUUCCUGACUGCCAUGAAGGAGAGCCGGAUUCACUGCCCCCUGUGCCGUGGGAAUGUGACAAGAAGAGAACGCGCCUGUCCAGAGAGGGCUCUAGACCUCGAAACCAUCAUGAGAAGUUUUCCUGGUAAUUGCCGAUGCUGUUCCCAACGUGUUGAACUCUAUCGCAUGAGGCAGCACUACAAAACUUGCGAAAAGUACCAGGAUGAGUUUGGAAUUUCUACAUCUGCUGCAACCUUCCAACUGUCUCCAGACUCCGUGGGCAACAGUAACAACGAGGCGCCAGCCCCAGAGAAUCCCGAGGCUUUUCAGGAAGAAGACAACGCGAGCCCACCUGAUCAGCCCACUUUCGAUUGUCCUCUGUGUGAAGAAGUGAACAUGAGCAGACAACGUUUGCUGGAUCACUGCAACCGCAGCCACCGAGGUCAUGUUGUUCCAGUCAUUUGCCCGAUUUGCCUGUCUCUCCCAUGGGGCGACCCUACUCAACUCACCAGAAAUUUCGUUAGCCAUCUUAAUCAGAGGCAUCAGUUUGAUUACGGAGAUUUUGUGAAUCUUCAGCUGGAUGAGGAGACCCAGUACCAAAUCGCCAUUGAGGAAUCCUUCCACGUCAACAUCUAG